UGUUGAGAUCAAGAGACUUUUCAGUGAGAAGGAACAUUCUAAGAGCACAAAAAAUGUCGUUUGCUAAUCAAACACCUACAAUUGUAGUGUUGAAGGAAGGAACAGAUGCAUCACAGGGCAAGGGUCAGAUCCUCAAUAAUAUCAAUGCUUGUCUUGCCAUUCAAGAAACUCUCAAACCCACCUUAGGUCCAUUUGGCUCGGACAUCUUGAUUAAAUCUGCGAACGGCAGAACCACCAUAUCUAAUGAUGGAGCCACUAUUUUGAAGCUUUUAGAUAUUGUUCAUCCAGCUGCUAAAAUGUUGGUGGAUAUCUCUCGCUCGCAAGAUGCUGAGGUUGGCGAUGGUACAACGUCCGUCACAAUUUUGGCUGGUGAGUUCCUAAAAGAAAGCAAAACAUUCAUUGAGGAUGGAAUUUCACCCCAUUUGAUAAUCAAAGGUUUGCGUACUGCGUGUGAUUUGGCUGUGGACAAGAUCAAAGAAAUUCAGGUUGAAAUCCAAAAAGAUGAUGCCACAAAUUUCAGAGAUCUCUUGGAAAGAUGUGCAACAACAGCGAUGUCGUCAAAGUUAAUCAGUAGGAAUUCCAAAUUCUUCACCAAGAUGGUUGUUGAUGCUGUUAUGUCCUUAGAUGAAAGCUUAGACGAGUCUUUAAUCGGUAUCAAGAAAGUUCCAGGAGGUGCUAUGGAGGACUCGUUAUUUGUCGACGGUGUUGCCUUCAAGAAAACCUUUAGUUACGCGGGUUUCGAGCAACAACCAAAAAAGUUCACCAACCCUAAGAUCUUGUGUUUGAACGUUGAAUUAGAGCUCAAAGCAGAAAGGGACAACGCCGAGGUGCGCGUCGAGCAAGUCAAAGACUACCAAGAUAUUGUUGAUGCUGAAUGGAAAAUCAUCUUCAACAAAUUGGACGCAAUAAGCAAUGCUGGCGCUGACAUUGUUCUUUCGAAAUUGCCCAUUGGCGAUUUGGCGACUCAAUAUUUCGCUGACAGAAAUAUAUUUUGUGCUGGCAGAGUCGCUGCCGAAGAUAUGGACCGUGUGAUUAAAGCUGUGGGUGGGUCUGUACAGUCAACAGUCACUAAAAUUGAUGCUGAUAAUCUAGGCACGUGCAAAGAGUUCGAAGAAGUCCAAAUUGGUGGAGACCGUUAUAAUUUGUUCCGCGGUUGUUCAGAGGCCAAGACUUGCACACUUGUUUUGCGUGGCGGUGCCGAACAAGUUAUUGCCGAGGUAGAAAGAUCUUUGCAUGAUGCUAUAAUGAUUGUGAAAAGAGCUGUGAAGCAUAGAUCUGUUGUGGCUGGCGGAGGUGCAAUCGAGAUGGAGAUUUCGAAGUACUUGAGAGAGUAUUCCAAGACUGUGGCAGGCAAACAGCAACUAAUCAUUGGGGCAUUUGCAAGAGCUUUGGAGGUUAUCCCCCGUCAAUUGUGUGAAAACGCUGGCUUGGACGGAAUUGAACUCUUGAACGUUUUGCGUAGUUCUCACGCCAAGGGUGAGACAUGGUACGGUGUCGACUUUCAAAAGGAGUCUGUUGGAAAUAAUAUGGAAAGCUUUAUCUGGGAGCCAUCGCUUGUUAAGACAAACGCCCUUCAAUCUGCGACAGAGGCUGCCACGUUAUUGCUCUCUGUUGAUGAGACCAUCAAAAAUCAAGAUGACCAAGCCAACGGGGGACGUGGUCAGGGAGCUUUUUAGCUGCGCUGUUCUAAAUAGGUACUGGCAAGAUUUUGUCAACUUAAUACAGACGAACUUGGUUGGAUCGUCGUCUUUGGCGCCAGAAGUGUCUCCUGUUCAGACACAGAGUACGAGUUAUAAACUGAUUCCAGGAUUGUAGGAUGAAAAACAGUGCCAAAAUUGCAAUAGUGUUAUAAACAAUUAAUUAUUCUACAGAAGGUUGAAGUUUAAUGGUGUCAUUGGAACAGUUUGAUCGUCGUGAUGGGUGAAAGUUCCCAAUCUUGGUAGAUUUCACCCGUCGGUGAAACGAGCUCGAUUUCCUUAGCCAUACAAGGCAUGGUUGAUGAUAUCCCUUAAAUGCAUUGAAAUUUUGGGUCUUUUGAGAUCAGAAGAAAUCCAUGGUAUUGAUUAUUGCCAUGAGAAGG